CAAGGCAGAGUAACGGGAACUGGGUCGGUUUGGAAAUUAAAACUAACAGAAUAAAACACGGCCGAGCGUGGAAGCUGCGACAUUCCAAACAGGCUGGGAUCCUCUGUUUCCACUUCCUGGCAUCUACAGAUGGAGAAGUAGCUGGUGGAGUACUAGUACAGAAGAAGGGGUGAGAAGUGUGACAACUUUGGCUACUGGCAACAAACUUCCUGGAAAUACUUAGAGUUCUAAGUUUAUUUAAAUCAUGGCAAACAUGUGCCCAUAUGGCCGCUUCACCCACGCCGUGGUGCGGGGCAUCCCAGAGACCUUUGGGAAGGCAGUGGGAGACAGCCGUAAGAAUGGAGAGACCUCGGUGGAGCUGGCCAAGGCUCAGCGUCAGUUCGGCUGCCUGACAGGAGCCCUGAGGCAGAAGGUGGGUCUGCAGCUGAUCGAGAUCCCCCCCGACCCCGAGCUGCCAGAGAGCUGGAGGAUAGAGGAUGUGGCCGUCAUCCAGGGAGACACUGCGCUCAUCACCAGGCCCUUCAAACAGCAGAGACGCAGCGAGGCGGAGGCGGUGAGGAAGGUGGUGUCAGAGCUGAACCUGACCGUGGUGGAGAUGGGGGCCGAGGAGGGGGACUCUGGAGGGGCGACGCUGGAGGGCAGCGACGUCCUCUUCACAGGGAGGGAGUUCUUUGUCGGCAUCUCCUCACACACCAACCACAGAGGGGCGGAGGUGCUGGCAGACACUUUCAGGGACUUUGCUGUGUCCACUGUCCCCGUGUGUGGUGGAGCCCGACUGAGAAACAUCUGCUCUAUGGGGGGGCCAAACACAAUCAUCAUCAGCAACAGUGAUGGGGCCAAGAAGACACUCCGGAUGAUGGAACAGCUGACUGAUCACCAUUAUGAAGUGCUCACUGUUCCAGAGGACUCGGCAGCAAACUGCAUCUACAUCAAAGGGCCGUCUAAACAUGACUUCCUGCUCCACCGGCCUGCAGAGGAAUGUCCUGACAGCGCCUCUGCCUUCCAGAAGCUCCAGGACUACACCCUCCUGCCUACUGCCUGCAGCGAGGCCUCCAAACUGGGAGCCUCUCUGUCCUCGCUCUGCCUCCUCGUCAACAGAAAGCACACUUAUUUCUGAAAACUCAGUACAUUAGUUUUACACGUGUUCAUUGUGGAGCGAAGUCACAGAAACACUUUCCACAGAUUAACAUUCUUGUCUAUUUAUUUCUAGGGGAAAACACUGACUCACAGUAUUUGUAUGAGAUCCAAAUGUAACAUCUGCUAACUGAUUCACUGUCAGCUGAUUUUCAGCACAGCGGCCCCACCUGCUGUACAAACAGCACAUCACCCUGGUUUAAUCACUAAAACUUAACCACUACAUUUAACUCGAGUCCACUGAGCUGUCAGAUCAUAUUUAAUGAAACAGAAUAAAAUGUGAAAACUGUUGGUACAAAUGUUUUAAUGCAAGAGUGUUCGACAUGUCAGCAAGUAUAAUGGAAAACCAGUCAAAUGUGUGGCCUAAAGUACAGUUUUCCAAUACCUUGUAGUUUUGACAAUUUAGAAUUACCUGGACGAGCAGCAUAACAUUAACUUACAUUUCUGCUUUUAGCAGCAAAGAGGUUGAAUGCGGAACCUAUAUUCAUUGUUUAAGACCUGCCGAUCCCCUGUGGUACACAAAUGCUUUGUAGCUGCUAAUGGAACCAGUUUGAAUUGGUUUAGCUUUCUUAUGUGUCAAUUUGUAGCGUGUGUAGAGAUGCCAAUAAAAUUAAACUGACAAACUGUCUAUUGUAAUUUAACUACACUGUCCAAUAAGCGAAACAUGUGUGGAAGUGCGUAAA